GGAGGAGGGGACAUGUCAUAGCAGUGAUGGCCACUGCCUGGAUCGAGAAGGAUCUAUAAUAAUCCUAUUACGUUACGACGGAGCUGUCCUAUUGUUUUCGAGUGCACCCCCCCAAUGGGUGGAAGUUCCUAUUUCAGUCCUAUGAGUCCAGGUCUCACCCCCGGAACAUUAUUAUCGUAUUAUACCGUGCUAGACCAGGCUGCAGUUCCUUACUUCCCAGCCAAGAAGCAGCAUGCUGACAGUUUCCCUGGACUAUGAGGACUUGGAGGGGCGCCUCUUCUGUCCCUGGUCAUGUCUGGUAUUGCAGCUCAGUUUCUUCACUUGAACGAGGAUGAGCUGUAGUAACAGCCCACAGGAAACUGCGGAGGACCCUUUUGUUUGUUUUUUUAAAACCUUGGAGGAGUGAAUGAGGUAAGGGGCGGUGCUAUGAAAGAAGUGGGUGUGGCUUGCUAACACUUUAAAAAAAAAAAAAAAAGUGAUGGUUUAUGUAGAGGGCCUCAUGCUCCUCCUCAGGGGUGUGGCUAACCUUAGCUGGAUCCGCCCUUUUCAUGUGACACUUUUAUAAGCCCGCCCCCAUUUUUGUGAAAUUGGCCUAUAAAUGACUAAUAAUAACUGGAGAUCAUGUCACAGUCUGGCAGUACAUAAAACAGGACAUAAAAAUGUGACCUCAGUGCCACGCCUGGUCCCUACGAGCGGUAAUAGUCCUGGUCACCGUCCCAUUAGUCACAGUACAUAGAGCUCGUCCAACUACUCAGCACUGAGUCUCCUAGAGGCGUGUGGCCUAUAUUGGCGCUAAAAGGACACGCCCACUUUUAUAGCAUCUUGUACUGUGACAGAGCGGUGGGGACUUGUCCUCAUCUUUCCUGAUUUUUUACUAGGGACUUGGGACAGUGACACAUACACCCCCUCUUCUUCCUAGAAUGCCUCCUCCUGGACUCCGACUACAAAAACAUGGCUGCCUUCUUCUGGAAACAGCGCCACACUCGUCCACAGGAUGUGUCUGGUAUUACAGCUCAGGUCCAUUGAAUUAGUGAAGAGGUGCAGCACAGUGUUCGACUGCAAGCAGCCAUGUUUUUUCUAGUCCUGGACAACCCCUUUAAGUCCCGCCCUCAUCAUCAUGUCAGGAAACCACGAUGAUCACCAUCCUGCAUUGUGUUUUAAUUCCUCGCCAGCUCUGCUUGCUGUCAGCAAAUGAGAACCCUUACAGGCCUCAUGCUUCUCAGAGCUGAGGGUUUGCUACAAUUGCAUCUAGUCUGUAAAUCGGCAGCACAAGAGGCGACGGCAUGGAAACCUGUCCAUCAAGCGUAAUGCUUAAUUGCGCACACACACUCUGUUUUUAAGAGCCACCCCUUUAAUUAGGCCACACCCUAUUCACAGGCUUUUUUUUUUUAAAUUUAAAUUAGCCCGCACCUGCAGGAUUGUGGGAAAUAGAAGAGUCCACAGACGGUGUAGAGACAGGCGGUCAGCGCAGUAUAAAAGUGCAUACAUGUCCCGGCAGGGCGGUGUGUACACUGCCGCUACCUGGGAACAUGAGCUGUUUUUGGGAGUUGCCCAUUAUGCUGUAUCCUCCCUGCCCCACAGCUACAUAGGUGAUGUCAGCCGCCUACUCCAGGGUCACCUACCUCUGCACACAGCCUCACCAUACCACGGUCAGCGGCCCCAUCAGCUACCACUCGUCCGACCAUUGAUGACAUGGAGCUGAAAGAAGAAUGGCAAGAUGAAGAGUUCCCAAGGCCCCUUCCAGAGGAGGCUGCGGCAGAAGAAGACAUGGAUUCUAAAGAAGAUGACCCAUCGGUCAGUCCUCCCAGUACGCUGGAGCUGUGCGGUAACCGCCAUAUAAAGAAACGAUUACCCGCCCCUGAUAUCAGCCUAAACCUGGAAAACAGCCAGGAGUCUGCCAUCUCCAGCGACAACCGCGACCUGACAACUGACGAAGAUUUUGAUUUUGACAUUGAUGAUCUGGAGACUCCGAACAGCAGCGAGUUACUCGACCUGAGCCAUGAGUUUGAGUGGGAAGAUGAUCUCCCCAAGCCUAAAGGGACGGAAAACGUCCAAUAUGUGGACAACCGCGUGACGGACAUGGAAGAUCAGAACGGCCGCAAGUGGAGGAUAUUUCUGAUGGGAGAACACAAGGUGGACAUGACGGCCAUCGAGCCGUACAAGAAAGUCGUCUCUUCGGGAGGUCACCAUGGCGAUGGGUUGAACGCUAUUAUUACAUUCGCCUCCUGUUAUCUACCAGAGAGUAAUAUUCCGGAUUACCAGUACAUCAUGGACAAUCUCUUCAGGUAUAUAAUAGGAACCUUAGACCUUCUGGUGGCCGAGGACUACAUGAUGAUCUAUCUGAACGGAUGUACCCCACGCAAUAAAAUCCCCCCCAUCAACUGGAUCAAGCGCUGUUACCAGGCCACGGGGAGACGGUUAAAGAAAAAUCUGAAAUCUGUCCUCAUUGUGCACCCGACGUGGUAUUUGAAAGCCUUGCUGGUCAUCACAAGGCCUUUUAUCAGUUCCAAAUUUGGAAGAAAGGUGAAAUUUGUCAACAGCCUGGCGGACCUGGAGCCGCUCGUUUCGCUAGAGAAGGUUCACAUACCGGACUGUAUUCAAGAGUUGGACAAUUCCUUAAAGCGAUAGCUCCUGUGAAUUCUUUUGCACUGAAUUGCACUCCUAGUGGGAGAUCUGCUGCAAUAAACACCAGCGACAACUCAUUGGACAGGCUGUAACAUUGAGCCGGGGACCUCCAUACUCACACAGGAAACCUCGCUAGAAGAGUUUCUCGAAGAACGCCAUUCUGCACAUGAAAAGAAAAGGGGAUAUAGUGUAUUAUCUGCUGUUCCAACAGAAUGGCGCCACCUGGUGACCAAAUUCUCAGGAAAAGUUAUACCAUGAACAAAAAUUUGGGGGCGUUCCUUAUGGUGACCCAUACGGUGCGCCUUGUUAAUAUUUAUAUCAAUAAAGUUUUUUGAACUACCAAGAAUUCUAGAUGUAUUAAAAAAAAAAAAAAAAGUUCAGCGCUUUGUGUUCUCUUCAAUAAACUUUAUUGAUCUAAUCCUAUACUUAACAAUAUGUUAAUUACAUAUUGUUGCGGGUUUAACCUGCAGCCAUCAUGGAAAACUUUAUAAAGGGGGACACCUUCAUGACUUUUUUUUUUUUAUGAUUGGAUUUUAUUCAUUUUGGGCUAAAAAUAAUUUAUUCCAGUUGGUCUUUAUUAAAAAUGUUCAGCCGUUUUUGAGAAAGAGGGGUUAAAAAUCAGUCUGUUUCCAGAGUAUCACUUCUCAGUCCCAUCAGCUGACGGCUCAUGUGAGAAUCUCCGGACCUCAAACACUUAGGCCCCUUUCACACGGGAUUCCGCGCGGAUGCGAUGCGUGAGUUGAACUUAUUGCACCCGCA